CUUUGAACAGAAAAGCAGUUUUUAUUGACAAUUCGGUUUGCAUUUGGAGCUUAGAAGAUAAAAUCGUGUGCGGAGUUCCAAAUUUGAAUUUUGAUGUGCUUUUUCUCGAACUCCGCCGGAAAAUUCAUCAAAUUGAGUUGAUUUGAAGUUAUUGUUGUAAUCCUUGAAAUUUCGUAAUAUCAAAAAAAUCGGUGGAGCUUCCGAAGAUUCUCUAGUCAAUUUAACUAUUUGACAAAAUGGGGUUUGAUUGGGUAAGUAUGAAAGAGACAGAUAUCUAUCUGUCAACCUCUGACCACGCUUCCGUUGUAUCGAUUACACUAUUUGUCACGCUCCUCUGCGCAUGCAUUGUGUUUGGCCAUCUAUUGGAAGAAAAUCGUUGGAUGAAUGAAUCUAUUACUGCACUCAUAAUCGGUGUUGGCACUGGGGUUCUAAUCUUGGUUAUAAGUGGAGGAAAAAGCUCGCAUCUUUUGGUGUUCAGCGAGGAUCUUUUUUUCAUUUAUCUACUCCCUCCAAUCAUCUUUAAUGCCGGGUUUCAGGUUAAAAAGAAGCAGUUCUUUCGCAAUUUCAUGACUAUAAUGUUGUUUGGAGCUGUGGGUACAUUGAUAUCCUUCAUCAUUAUAUCAUUAGGUGCUAUUGCCUUCUUCGAGAAAAUGGAUGUUGGUCUCGCUAUUGGAGAUUAUCUUGCAAUUGGAGCUAUCUUUGCUGCAACAGAUUCUGUUUGCACAUUACAGGUGCUAAGUCAGGACGAGACACCAUUACUGUACAGUCUAGUAUUUGGAGAAGGCGUUGUAAAUGACGCAACAUCCGUGGUGCUUUUCAAUGCAGUCCAAGAUUUCGACCUGUCUCAUCUCAAUACCGGUGUGGCGUUGCAGCUACUCGGAAAUUUUAUCUAUUUGUUUAUCUCGAGCACUGUGUUGGGAGUUGUAUCUGGACUACUUAGCGCAUACAUCAUAAAGAAGCUCUAUUUUGGAAGGCACUCGACCGAUCGUGAGGUUGCUAUCAUGAUGCUCAUGGCCUACCUAUCAUAUAUGUUGGCGGAAUUAUUCUAUUUAAGCGGCAUCCUCACCGUUUUCUUCUGCGGAAUUGUGAUGUCACACUACACCUGGCAUAAUGUGACAGAGAAUUCGAGAAUUACCACUAAGCAUACUUUUGCGACAUUGUCAUUUGUUGCUGAGAUAUUUAUAUUUCUUUAUGUCGGCAUGGAUGCUCUAGACAUUGAGAAGUGGAGGGUCGUCAGUGACAGCCCCAAAACUUCACUUUCCGUCAGUGCAACUCUACUUGGAUUGGUUCUAGCUGGCAGAGCAGCCUUCGUUUUCCCCUUGUCAUUUUUGUCUAACUUGACCAAGAAGUCUGAAAAAAUCGAAUUUAAGCAGCAAGUUACCAUAUGGUGGGCCGGCCUUAUGCGAGGCGCUGUAUCAAUGGCACUUGCUUACAACCAGUUUACUAGGGAAGGUCACACUCAGUUACACGGGAACGCCCUCUUGAUUACCAGUACCAUAACAGUUGUACUCUUCAGCACUGUGGUCUUUGGCUUGAUAACAAAGCCUCUCGUGAGGUUAUUGAUGCCCUCGUCGAAACAAUUAUGCAGAUCAUUAUCAUCAGAGCCAGUGACACCUAAUUCCUUCCAUGUGCCAUUGCUUGGUGAAAGUCGGGAUUCUGAAGGCGAACUAUUUGACGACAAUGGGCAUUUGCAAGCUCGUGGGGAAUGUCAGAAUACGGUUCGCCCAAGCAGUUUACGUAUGCUAUUAACCACACCGACACGUACUGUACACUACUAUUGGAGAAAAUUUGAUGAUUCAUUUAUGCGUCCUGUUUUUGGUGGGCGUGGUUUUGUUCCGUAUGUACCGGGAUCGCCAACUGAACAAAGUGUGCAUAGCUGGCAAGGAGAAAACAAAAUGUGAUGGCAUUUCCAUCUCAAGAAUUCACUAGCCUUGGCUUGUUGCGGGUUGGUAAAACAAUCAGUUUUGGUCUUCUACUCCGAUCAUCGAAGUUCGUUUCGUUUCACUUUUCUACAAAGUGAUGAGGGUGUAAAUUAGUAUAUAGAUUGAAAAACAAAUUUAUUUAAUUUAAUGACCCGGAAUUAUAUAUGUGUUGAGAAGUUCUUGAAAUUGAGAGC